AUGUCAUAAAGUGACCCUGCUUAUUUUGAGAAACAAAAAGAUGCCUUGAAUAACUUUUUACAAAACAAAAGCGAAAGCUUUUCAGAACGCAACAUCUAUGAUAUUCGGGAUCGGUUAAGCAGGAUUUCGGAGGAAUAGCAUUCUGAGCGCAGUCGUGAUCCAAAUCAUGGAAAGUAGUAAACUUUGCAGAAUUACCAUAAGUGGUUUAUUGAGAAUAGCUUAAACUUGAUGGUUUUUGUAUUGUAAAAUGUGGAGCCAUAGACUAGUCGCAAUGUGAAGUUCAAUGUGAGAGCAGCGACAAUUGAAUUGCUGCAGAAAAAGAUUUUAUUGCAACACAUGACUCAGUCAGUGGUUGAUCAACUGACGGUGGUGUUGGAGAAGGACAAUGAGAAUAAUGCAGCCACAGCGAUUAGAAUAAUGAAUGAUUUGCUGAAGACCAAUCAAUAGCAAUCACAUUAGUAUCAGAGAUUAAACAGCGUAUUCACAGAUGCACAUUUAAUGAGACUGUUCAAUUUCUUUGAGCAGAGAAUUGAAUUUCUGGUGAAGUUUAAUAAUGAGCUCAAGAAAUCAUAAUACAAGAAGGUGAUGGGAGACAGCCAAAUCAAUCCUUUUCAUGAUCAGUCAUAUGUGUUACAACACGAGAAUGAUGAUAAACGUGAGAAGGACAUUCGAUUGAAUAUUUUUAGUUUGUCCUUUGUGACUAACAUUCCCCCUUUCUUUAUCCACACCAUAUUUGCCCUUGAUCCAAUUGUCAAGGAUGAGACCAAAACACAAAUGAGAGAAAUCUUGAAGAAAGCACUCAAAACCAUGAAUCAAGUUAUCAAUGAAACCAACUUUCAAGACUUAUUACAAAAAGUACCAAGAAACAUAGUAUAAGAACUCUUCAACGCCUACUCCAAGUUCCUCUAACUCUUUGUACUCACCAUCAAAAGAGAUGAUGGCCAAAUUCAAUCUUAAUCUAGAAUCAUCAGAGACUUAGCUGAUACAGUUAAACUAGAUUAAGUAGUGGCCACAAUCAUAAAAACACUCAAAUAUUGUCCAGUCGACAUCAUGCACAUCAGAAUUGAUAUCAGCAAUAGACUCAAAUAAGCUAUGAUCUAGAAAAGAGAUCCAGUAUAACAAAAUGAAAUUUAAGAUAAAAUACUUGAGAUUAAUGCCAACGUAGUCGAAUUGAUUGAUGAAGAAACCAUUGUUGGUAAGAAUCUCAAACUACCACCCUUCCAAAAAUCGAACAUCUAUCUUAAUUGGCUAGAAAUAGUUAAACAUGUUGUACAGAGUUAUCUGCCUAAAAGUGACCCACCCAUGAACAAUCUAGACAAGAUGCAAUCCGACUUCAUCAAUAAUCAAAUCUACAUGGAAAAAAUCUUUAAUACCAUAUUCAAAGUGUUGUUUGAUUCCUCAUUGCAAUUGUAAAUACAUGAAAAAGCCUUAGACUUAAUCAAAAUAUUUCUGGAAUUGUUUAACAAAUCAUCAACCACCUACUUUGUUGAUAAAAACCUACUCCAAUUUUAUGUUGAUUAAACUCCACAAUAACAAAACGACGCAAUCUUCAAAAAGGUCACCACUCACAGUCCAAAAUAUUAAUUGCUUGAUCGUCUAUUCUCAAUGAUAGCAAUGAAAUUGAAUCAAAUUAGGAAGUAGAUUCAGCAAAUUAAAGAACUGUUGCGAAAAACCUAGAGAUGGGGUCUAACAAAGAAGCCCACUCCUCAAACCAAUGUGGCUGCUAUCCCCAGUAAUCCAGAUGCUCUUAGCGAGAAGUACAUCUCUCAAUUGGAGUAAUAUAUACUGGAAUCGGAAGUUGACAUCGAUCAAAAUCUAAUUACUCAACAAGACUAGGCUGCUACUCAAGUGUAUACUUAUGAUGACGAGGAAGAAUAUUAAGUCAAUUCUUUGAGUAUCACCACUUAUUCACAAUAUGUUGAAUUUGCUAAGGAAUUGAAAUCGAAAGUGUUUGAUCAAUUGAAUGACAUCUUAUCGAAGUUAUUGGCAUUUGUUACAAGUACAAAUAAAGAGAUUGUGAAUAGACUAAAGACUAAAAUCACUUACAAUAUGCCUUCAAAACUACCUCCAUUUUUCUAGGGUACUGGAGAUGGCAAACCGUAUCUAAGUAAUUUAUAAUGUCAUUACAUGUCUAAAAUAAUGAAGAAUGGAUUGAUGAUAUUUGAUGAAUUGCAUGAUCACUAGAGAAAUCACUUCGAAAUUCUUGAUUAUAAGAAAAAGACUAUCCCUUAAUUUAUGCAAUUCUUUAUUUAAUUUUAGGAUCCAAUCAACUUCAAAAAUGUUUUCGAACCCAACUCAAAACUACUAUUGAAGAUCUCUGUUCAUUUACUCAAGACUUGUCCUGAAACCAAUUGUCUCCCCAGUCUACUACAGGAUCAUUUGGGUCUCCAAAGUACACAGUAAGAUCCUUAAAAUGGUUAAAAGCAAUCAGUAAAAUACUACAUAGAGUUUUUAUUAAGUCUAUAUUUAAAAGAACUACAAACGACGCCUGAAUUGCCCUCAAAGUUCGGGUAUUGCAGAGGAGGACAAUUGAUGGGCAAUGACAGGAAUAUCAAGUAGAAGGAUUAAGAUGAAUACAUCACUUUAAUAUAAAAGUUGCUCAGAAUUCCAAUUCGAUUAUUCCCAAGAGUAAAAUGCCAACAGAACGAAGAACCCAUAGUGAAACCUAUAGUGAAGUAGUUAAUCCUCUUUUUUGUGAAAAAGUCGCAUGAGACACACUAUCCAAUUGAUUUUUUAGGUUUGUUGUUGUCGCUGGUGAAAAGAAUCUAGAAUAAUGACCAGGGAGAAGGGUUAUCGAAAUAUUUCCAAUAGUUGUGUGAUAAGUACGACAGAAACGACAAGCAAUAGAUGAUGUAGAGACAGCAAAGUGAAUUUUAUCAUAAGUUGAGUUUGAGCGGUGUGAACAUAGUGUUGAACAUGUUUGAGUUAUUUCAAACGGGGAUAGUGGAAAUCUAGGAUAUAGUUGCUGAAGUAAUUGCCAAUUUCCCCUUAUAAAAAACAAUAUAAAUUAAUUUAGCAAGGUAGUAUCCGGUGUUUGCUCAAUGUCUCUUUCGAGCAUUGCAUAACAUAUCAACCAUAGAGAAUCAAGUGAUUUAAAAGACUUUGAUGAUGUUGGAGAACAUCGUGAGCAAUUUGAGCAUGGAGGAAAUGAGGGAAUUCUUUGGAGAUCUCUUGUAGCCAUUUAUUGAAAAGUUGCUUACUUUCCCAUCCGAAUACAAGAUGGCGGAUAUCUAUUCGAAACAGGUGAAUUUAUUCUUGGAUCCCUCCUUCAAAUCUCUGAAGAUACUCUCUAAGUUGGGAUCCUUGGUUCGCAAAUCAGAAUGGCCAAUCGAAGUUAAGCGGAAUCACACCGAUAACCCUUACAAAAGGAAUCAGUAUUUGGAAGUGCAAAUAGAAGGACUCUAAUCAACACUUAAGAUCAAUCUCACCGAAACUGUACUAUGUGCUGUUGAGAUCUUAUAGAAUGUGUUGGAACAACAAUUGGCUACCUAUUUGUUCAAACAGUCCUCUAUCCAGCAUAGUUACUCUAUUGUGAAAUAGGUUAUUCUGGGAUACUAUCAGAUGCCCAUUUAAUUUGAUCAUGACUUGUAUAAUUAUUAAAUACCUCAAGGGAUGGCAUUAGAGAUGAAACUGCAAUCUCGUCAAUGCGAACAAGAUCAAUUGAUGUACUAGGAUGAAGAAUUGAUAUCUGCAGUAACCAAGGUUUUCAUUGGACUCAGCAAUUUCCAUAACAUCAUACAAACAUUGACUACUGCCACAUUCCACAAGAUCAAGGAAGAUGUAGAAAAUGUGGUAACAACCUUUACAGAAAUGUUCUUCAUUCAACUGGCUGACGAUCAUUGUGAAAUGAUUGAAAAGAUCAAGUCUCCAAAACCAGACUUCAAUUCCCUUUUUACAAUGACUGAAUCCAUAGUGCACAAUUAUCUCACUGAAAAACCUCAAUCUAUUAGAUGGAUAUCCUAUCUAUUUAAGGGAUUGAACAAAAGAUAUAUGUUGACGGCUGAAGAAAACAUGAAUCUCAAGGAUUUACACAUUUAACAAGAAGAGUUCAUUUGGAAUAAGUUAUUAAAGGCUAAUUGUUUAAGGAAAUACAAAAAGAUAUUGGAGAAACAUAUGGAAAAUUAUCAGCAUUUAAAAUGGGCAUAUGAUGUUUACUAUUCGGUUGUUAUUAGAUUGUUUGAAGAGUUUGUUUAUGAAAAGUUCGGUAAACAAACGUAAUUGUAAAAAGAGGAUGAUCGUCGUCGUAAAAUCUAGAUAGUCUAAUCCUAUGGAGGAACUAUAAUUCCAUCAGAAGGGUUGAAUUGCAGAUCCAUCUCUAUUGAAUUAUUGACCGAAAUCCAGAAUCUACUGCCUAAAUUUGAAGAUUACUACUCUUCUAUUGAGAUAGUUGGAUUACCUUACAUCCCAGAUUAGAGAAUCGUUGAAUGCUCAUUCAUGUUACUCAGAUAACUACCAGAAACGAUCAGAAUGGCUUCUCAGCAAAUUACCAAGACUCUAUUGAAUUAAACUAUAAACCUGCUGAUAAAGAAUCUCAACUAUGAUCAUUCAAUAUAUGAGCACUCGCAUCAAAGUAUGCUCCUCUUGUAAGAGAGAUUGCGUUGUUUUAUUAAGAUUGUCGCUUAGAAUUGCCAUACUUACAAGAGAUCCAUCUUGUAGAUUUGUACAGAUCUCUUUGACACUGUGAUCACGCACCAUUUUAAUGAGAAUGCAGGAUCAUUAUUCUAUAUGAACAUUGGUUCAGAGAUGAAAUACAAUCACGAAGAGAAGAUCGAAGCUAUUCCAUUAGACAAUCUACAAUAAUUAGGAAAUGGACCAUGCCAAUGGGUUAAUAUUUAAUUUUCUGAAAUUCUUAUGUCUCCUUACACUCAGAAUACUGUAUUGAAAGAAUUAGUGAUCAUCAUCAAACAAUUAUGUGAAGAAUAGAAGAUGUCAGAUGUCAUCGCAUAGAGGUAUGCAAAUGGGUUUAGGAUUUUGACUUAUUUGCUAAGAAAAUAUGGACUCAAUAAACAAGGUUAAUACCAUCUUUUCAAAACUGUAAUUCUCAACCCAGAACCUCAUUUUGAAUUGAGUAUUGAAAACUACAUGGAAAAAUCAUAUAAAAUCCUACAGCAAAACGAGGAACAGUAUUAUAGACAAUCCAAACUAAUAUAGAAUGGGGAAGACUCUUAAUCAGCAUACAUUAAUAUGUCUCAUGCCUUAGACGAUUUAGAAUUCAAGAUUAAUAUUGAAGACAUUGAUUUUGAAAUCAAAUGGCAAAGUCAAAUGGUAGUUGCUAUCUUCGGAUUUCUCAAACAAAUGACUUCUAUUAAUUACAUAUUUGUAAUCUAAAGGUACUUAAUGAAGUAGGUUGAUAAAAAUUCCUUAGUGAAACCUUAAAUUUUGGCUAUGAAGUAUAAGACCGUGGAAAUCUUUUAUGAAGGAUUGCUGAGAGUGGAACACAGCAUUAGACAGUCGAGUUAUAAAUAUUUGUAGGAACUCUCCUAAUAGGAAGGACUGUAGAAUGACAAGAGUUUGUUUGAGAAUGAUGAUAGAUUAAAAAGGUUGAUGAAGCCAUUGUUGACUUGUGUGCAAUCGGACAUCUUUCAUUAUGUGCCAUCCUUCUUAAAGUCGUUGAAAAUGAUACUGAAACUAUUUAGCAAAGUGUUUCACAGAACACUCUCUGACAAACUAUUGGGACAUCUUCAAAAAAUAAUGCAAGAUAACACUCUGUAGUAUCAGAGCAAUAUUCAGAUGUGUACGGUUAUGGAAUGGUCAAGCUAACAAUAGCAAUCUCAAGAAUCUUUGAAUUUCUAACUGGGUAUCAUCUCCGGAUUAUUAAAGUUAUUUUAGCAUCUUACACCAUAAUUGACUAAUCAAGCGAAUGGACCUUUGAAUUAAAAUAUUGUAUAGAAGAUCAUCCAAGACAUAAAUGCAAUAAGAAGAAAUUACGUUUUCAGAGCUUCCUAACAACAAUUGAAUUAAUCAAUUGAUAAACCCUUGAAUAAAUUCUUGAAUACAUUGGCAGCCAACAGUUUUGAUGUAUUUCAAUCAUCCUUCUCGAUUUCCCAAAUUCAACAAUUCCAAAAGCAGUUAGAAAACGUGAGCUAAUUGUUAUCUAAUCCAACACCAAUCAAGAGUCUUCAGGAACAACUCCGAGAGAGAUUGCAAUACAUUAAAACAAUCAGGUAAGUCAUCUCAGAACCUGCAGCAUAUCCUUUAAGAGAGAAGAUAUGUCGAGAGAAGCAAUAAUUUUCUCAAAAAAUGGAACGAUUCAAUAAGACAAUCGAAGAACUUAGCAACUCCUUGGAGAAGGGUCUUUUAGCAAAUCAAGUCCAAUUGACAUAGGAGUAAAUCUAAGGUAUCCAUCAAUCGGUUUUGUAGAAAAUGAUUAAUGUGAUAAGUGAGAUCAAAAUAGAAAUAGUUCAAUUUGAAUUUCAAUUAUGCAAACGCAAUCCUUCUUGUCUGAUUAGAAAUACUCAAAUACUUGAUAAUUUCAUACUAAGCAACAUCAAAGUUCUUCAAGAACGUCUGUAAAGCAACAACUAAAACAGAAUUGUACCAGUGAAUCAAUUAUAGUCUGCAUACAAUUAAUUAAUACUCUCUAAUCAACAGAUCAAUAGUCUAUUAAAUAGACAUUGCAGCAUGUUAAAAAAAUACAUCAAUUAAAAUGAGGACAGCAAACCAGCAAUUUAAGGGAUGUUGAGAUUGAUACUCUAUGCUACUUGUGACAAAGUCAAAAAGUGGGUUUUGGAUGUUGCAAUGAAUAAAUCCAUUCAACUAAGACAGAGUAUUAUAGAGAUUUGGAUGGACAAUUUCAAGUACGUUGAUGAUGAGUCAGCCAAUCAAAUUCAGAUGACAAUAGGCUUUCAUGUAAUAUAUCCGAUACUGUUUUAUUCUAAUCAAAGAAAUGAUCUGGCAUAGAUCAGCCAAUUCAAAUUGUUCCAGAGAAUCAAAGAGAUCAAUGAAGAACUAGUUAAAUAGUACAGCAAGAUCUUAAGUGACAUUGAACAUCAUGCACCAAUGAAUUUCACCUACAAACUCUUGAGUGGUUUGAGUACCAAACUAUCUGAUGUCAAUCAUUAUUAUAAAUCAUCUGUUAUUGAUAUGCUGCAAAUCAGUUCAUAUCUCAUCUGCUUCCAAGAACAACAAUUGCCUUAAGAUUUGAAAAUGUCCUACCUAUCCUUCGGGUAUGAUAUGAUCAACAAAUCAGAUAAGCUAGUAGCCUUCUAUGCCAAUCUCUACUUUAGUAAAUACUUGAAAAAGAAUUAAUUGAUUCAAAAUGACCCAAUUUCUGUCAAUAAACGUAUUGUCAGAAUCUACACCAGAGCCAUCAAACAAUUAGAUGAAAGUGGAUAGUCAGAGUAGGAACUAUACAGUCUCUGUAAGAAGAUAAUAAGUGUUGUUCUACCUUGGUUAGAUGAAGUGGAUGUACAUGAUUAAAAGGAUUGGAUCUAAGCCACCUAAUAAUUAUUGAAGUAAGAAUAACCUAAUUUGGAUUCAGAAACAGCAUUGAAGGUUAGCAGAUUUUGGUCCAUGUUUGUGAAAAAUCAUAAAAUAUUCUACAAACAUCAUCAGGCAUUUACUAUUCAAAUCAUAAACUAUAUGCAACAAAUUGGAUUUUAUGGUCCCAAUCAAAAUGCUGGAUUUCAAAUCCCCAACAGCUACCAAAAUUAUAGACGCAUUGCUCUUGACAUGGCUUUCCUCUAAGUGGAAUGGAAGACUAAAUUGAUUAAAGGAGAAAUCCAAAAGAAGUCCUAAAAAUUCAAGGAAUCGUUUUAUCAAUGCGAACCAUAACAUCAUGAUGAAGCUCUCUCCAGUGAAAUCUAUUAAUCAUUCUUUAUCAAACAGUCUUUAAAGGCACACAACAUAGAGGAUUCAGAGUUGUCUAAAAGGGCCCUAUACUUAUUGAAGAAGAUAUUGAUAAUUGCUCCUUUGACCAAUCAGAAGAUGAAUAUGGAGGCUUUAAAAAAGAACGUGUCUAAUCUAUUGAACUAAGCAAUAGAGUCCUAACAAAUCAACUAAAAUCAAAGAACCGUUUAACAACAACCUAUUGCCUAACCCUAUUUUCGAUACUUUAUGAUAAUUCUGCACAUUUUGAUGAUUAUCGCAGAAUUCCAAUUGCCACAAAGAAUCCCUCAACUAUAUUAACCUUAUUUCGACAUCAUCUUCAAUCUAUAUAAAUUGCCUGAUCAACUCCCUUAGCAAAUGGCUCCUCGACCAAACCCAAGGAUGCCUCCCACUCAACCGAGACCAAUGAAUCCACAGUAGAGAUUGCCCUUUCAGUCCCAACCAAUCGAUAAAUUCCAAUUACAUUACCUUGCGCUGACAUUAGAUUAUACUCCCUUGAUCUUUAGUAUCUAUUGUAUUUUCCGCAAAUUCCUGAAGGUUGCUAAGGAAUAACAGAAUGAAUAAAGCGAAUGGUUGCAAACUAAUUUAUCUAAUUGGGUAAACGAUGCCAUUCAAGGACAUCUUCAAUAGAAACGAAAUAAUUAGCAAGGGAUACCUGCAGGACAAAGAAUGGGUCCUCAAGUGAUAAAGUUGAACAUUCUGUCUAUCUUCUUAUUGAAAUUGUUGUUUAAUCACGAUAUUACGAGUGUGCGAAUUUUGAUGCCAGCAUUGAAAAAGAUAGUUGAGUUGUUGAUUGAGUAUUUGAAAUCUAAGGAUAAAGGAGACCAAUAUUUAGACAAUCUACGCAAAUACGUGACUCCUAAAAGACAAUUUAACAUAAGAGAGAAGGAUAACUUGGAAUUUGAUGCUUAGAAACAAUACACAAAUGCAAAUUUGUCUCAAUACAUAGCUGAUUUCACAGAGAUGGCUGAUGAUUUUCCAUUUGGGAUAACUAAGAGUGACGAGACACUGUAUUUCCCAGAGGAUUUUCCAGAAAAUUAAAAAAUAAAGUUUCAUCUACAUAGAUCCGCUUUGCAAAAGACAAUAAAAAUGAUGGCUUAUAAUUUUGAUGAAAUCAAGGAUCAGAAAGAACAAUUAGAAUUCUUGUAAUUGUUGAUAUUGAUAAUUGAAUCAGUUCCUGAUUAUGAACUUAAAUUGGAAUGCAUAGCGAUUAUGCGUCUUCUCUUCAUAAACGGUAUAUCAAAUAGGGAAGGCUAUUUGCAGGCAAUUUCAACUCAUCUGUCUCCAAUCAGAAGUUAGUAGGUGAGAUCGGAAUUAGAGAGGAUGGAAGAGAAUUAAUAAUUCAAACCAUCAAAAAUGCCAUAUGAGGUUCAAUUGAAUUUCUUCUUCGAUAUCAGUAAGUUAUAAAAUUGGUUUGAUAAAAAGAUUGAUUAGCGAAGUUCCGAUAGUUAUGAUAACAAUCAUGGGAAGGUAUAGGAUUUAAAGGUCUUAAAGGUAUACUUUAUGUUCCUAUGUGAAUUGCUUUUGGUCUAUCCCUUCAAAAAGCAAUAGGGCUCCAUCAAUAGUGGGUUCUAUUUUCUCAAGAGCAUCUUCGAUAAAAAUGGCAGUUCAUUAAGGGAAUUCAGACGCAUUCUGUAAGUGAUAAGUAAGCUAAGCACUUGUUUGGACUAUUAAUAAUUUUUUUAUAGGAUGAUCCUGGACAUCUACGGAUACACCUAUGAUCGUUUCUUAUAAUUUUUGCUAGGAGAUCAAACCACAAAACAAUAGGAUCAGCCCUUGCAAACUGAGGGAGAAGAGAUCAUGUUGAUGGCAACUAAGUUUUUAAUUCUGGGAAGAGGUCAAUUGCAGUAGCCAACACAAUUUCAACUCUAGCAACCACACAAGAUCACAGUUAGACUAGUUGCUGAGAGUGAGGAUUCUAAUAUGAGGGAGUAAGUGCUCAAUAAAUACCUGGCCAUCUAUUAUAGAAAGAAACAAUGGCCAAAAUUAUAUAAUUCUAGUUUGAAAUUAGUGACCAGUGAGUAUUUACCCUCGAUUGUCAUUUAUAAUUUGUCCUACAUUCCUCUUUAAGAUCAACCCCAAUAACCUCUAAGAGAGUGCAUUAUACCUAGUGCUGCAAUUGAGUUGAUGGGUACAGCAGCCAAUGUCAGCAGUCGAUUACUCAGACCUAUCUUCAAUCAGGUAAUCAGAAAUGAUCUCAAGACAAUCACCUAACUCACAGAAUACCUCCAAUAGUAAUCUUUAUCAUAUGGAACAAUGACUACAAUAUCUAAUUACUUGGUUCAGGAUAUUCUGAAUCAAUUGAAGAAUAUCCACUAAAUUUUGGAUCAUCAAUAAAUUCAUCACAAUUUCAAUAACCUAAUUACAUGUCUUCGUUAAAAGAAUCUAUUGCCAUUAUGCCAGCACUUAUUGGAAUAAAUAUUUUAAUAUUUAAGUGAAGAUUGUGAAUAUUAUUCUCUCUUAAAUGAAGAUAUUCUGGUGUAAUUGCAAGGUGUCUAUUAAGACCAAUGGAAUAAGUAGAGUUUGUUAGGGUGCAAAUGUCUAUCUGCCACUCAACCUUGGGUCAGACAAUUGGUUCUUAUGAAUCAAUUAAGAGAACCAAUCUAAUAAUACUAAUUGAUACUCAAUAAUUAAGAGCAAGUCGAUCAAUUUUGGUUGCAAUUGGAAUAGGAAACUCACGAAGCUCAAGGGAUUUAGAAGGAAUAUGAUCAAUAAAUAAUCCAUCAAUUGUUUUCUGAAUCCUUGCAAUAACUCAAUUAAUGGAAUACCUUGAAGGAUGUUGAAUUGAGUACAGUGUAGACAGUUUAAAAUAAGAUCAUUAUGGGAUUCAGGGAGAGACAGAAAGAAUUAACAGAUUCAGGUUGGAAGGAGUUAAAUGGUUUAUCAGAAGUGAAAUAGAAUAUACUGUAAAAUGAUCUCUUCUGUUAUAAUCAGGCAUACUUUAAGUUACUUGAUUUUGUGAGAGAUGAUUCUCAAUAGAAUUAGCAUGGCAGAGGUGGAAGUCCUGUAUUGUAAUCAAUUGAACAAAAUCUCAAAUAUGCGCAAAUCAUUAAUUGCUAUAACUUCAUCAAAACACUGCCUAAAUUGACACAAUCAUAUGAUUAAAUGAUGUCAUCUCCUUAAUUGUGGGGUUAUAAAUUCCUUAACUUUGUGUCUCAAUUCCAACUCUAUACUGAACUAGAAGAAAGUCUAAGACAGUUUGCAAUAAAUAUUCCAGGAUAUCCAAAUUAAUAAUAGGCAGCCCCUCAGGAUAUGAUUUUAGAUCAGAUAUUGAAUGGUUAUCAAUCUAGUUUGUUCUGCAAAAAGUAUUUAUUUGAACGACAGCCAACCAAUGUUGAUUAACAAGAAUUCACAUUCGAUUUGAUCAGCUAAAGACUCAUUCAAUUGUAGAUGUGUCUACAUCGUUUCAAUGGCCAAUUAAACCACUAUAUAAAUGGAUAGCCAUAGACAGCCUAAGUCGCAUAGUUGGAUUUGAAGAGCUUCCAAUUAUCUAUUUUCGAUUACAAAACAAUAUUAUAUCCCCUUAGAUAUUACUAAAAGAAUGGAAUUUUUGAAUUGUUUGAUGAAUAAACUAUAUUGAAAGAAGUUCCAAAGCACUUACAAAAGUACGCAGAGAAGGUUUAUCAAUUAGAAAAAAUCAAAUUCAAAACAAUGAAAAUUCAGGAUGUUGAUCAGAAUUGUCAAUAAUUGACAGAACUAUUAACUUAUUUCGAUUGUUUACAAGUGACAACCUAUAAUUCAGAAGAAUUCAAAGGAUACAUGAUUAGUAAAAUAAGAAGAUACAAAAUGAUUAAUCAAUCCUAUAAAUUGCUGAGAUUAUAUUAACAACAAUCUGAUAAUGCAUCCAAUAUGGCAACAGAAGAACCAAAAUUAGAAUAGAUGGUCAGCCAAUCAAAUGAAUACUUCAUACAAAAUCAAAUUAGUUAUCUCAAAUUCUGGAGAGAAGUCUAAAAAAUCUAUCAAUUAGCCCAUAAGAAGUACAGCAACAACAUUAAAUUCGCAUCAAAUUACAUUCAAGUCACUUCCAUCGGUAUUUAAUAUAAACCCCAAAAGUUCCCCAUAAAUGGUAUGUAUAUGUUUCAUAUACUUAAUAUAACCAAUCCAACUGAUGCUAUUGUUAUUGAUGCAUUUUCAUAAAAAAUUGGGCUGAUCCCCUUACAUCUAUUAUAGAGAUUCCUAAUUCAAUUGAUAACAACGUUUUUUAAGAGUCCUUCAGAAUAAGUCAGAAAAGAUUGCUUGGAGUAUAUAGAUAAAUUAUGCAAAUACAAUCCAUUAACCAAUUUUCAAGUCAUUCAAUAUUUCAAAAGUCUCUGCUUAUUGACUGAUGACAGAUCAUAAUAAUUUGUAGAUCACUUUUAAUACUCUUCCAAAUUGAGUAACUAAUUUGCAAACAUUUAUUCGAUACAGUAUCUAUUUAAUAAUAGGUAUGAUUCAUCUAUUUGGGAUAUAUUAGAAGAAUUGAUUUAUUUAUGUGGCAAAGUGUUAGAUUAGAAAUAUUAUGAAUUGAAUUCUGUCAAUGUUAAUGAGAAAUGUUUGUAAAUUGUAAAUUUAAUACAAAAAUAUCAUUAAAUAAAGGAGCACUUGAAAUAAUUCUUCCCAGUUAAUGAUCUUCAAAAAUGGAUAAAAAAUGAUUAAUUAAAAGCAAUAUCAUCCAUCUAUGUUGCUUCAUUAAAAUUAAUCUAUGGCAAACUCUUUGGAUUCCAAAUUAAUUAAUCUGAAGACUUUUCUCAACAGUUGAGUAGUGCAUUGAAUACUCUAGUUCCAUCAUAAAUUCAAAUAAGUUGGUUGUAUGCUUUGAAUGAUGAAUUUUCCAUGAACUAAACACUCAUGCCAGGGGUUGAAAGACAAAUAAGGAGAAAUUAAACCCUUGACAAUGUCCAUAUUUCAAGUAUGUUCCCAACAGUCAACAUAAUGUUCUUAAGAAGAAAGAGACUAAUCAGAUAGAUUGCAUUUUUGGGAAAUGAUGAGAAGAAAUACUUUUUCCUUUUGAAAUCCAAGAAGGUAGAAAACAAGAUGUUUAUUCAAAACAUAUUAGAUGAGUAGGCAACUGCUUAAUUUUUGAAGAUAACAAACUUAUUGAAUCAGAAUUACAAAGAAACCAAAAUCAGAAAUAUUAAACAUGGUUAUAUUGAUAAGUACCUCUUAGAGAGCGAGAAACAGCUAUAUUAAAUAGAACCAUAUUAAGAGGAAACAUAUAACUUAAGCAAUAUUUCUGAUUUAAUUGUGUCUCUUAACUAUCACAAAAGCGAUAUCAAAGAUAGCACUGUUAGAAUCCCAUUUUACAUGGAGAGGAGUGAGAAAUACAUAUAAAAAUAAGACUUAAGCAAUUACAUUUUGAAAUUUGCAAAGACUUUCGAUACGUUUAUAGUGUUGAGGAAGACUCUUGUUACGAACAUCGGAGUUUAAUAUGCACUUAGUUUUACUAUUGCCAGUAGUUAAUCACCAAAACAGUUGGAGAACCUGCAUAUAAAUUUGAGUAACGGCAAUUUCUUUUAGAAAAAAUACCUAUUCAAAGUGAAUAACCAGAAAUUAGUGCUUUAUGAUCCAUUCGCUAUUAGAUAUUCCAGAAGUUUUGAGCACUUAAUUGGGGAAGUCAAUUUGUAUGGAUAUUUGAUACCUGCAUUCACGGCCACAAUCAUUGGCAUAGUGAACCCAGAUCUCGCUGAAUAUUUAAACGUUUUGUUCUGGCAACUGGGGUGCAAGGAUUCGGUAGAGCCUUUCAUUAAGAAAUUGAAGGAUAUUGUUUAUGAGAAUGGAAUGAUCGAUUCAAAAUGUGAUAGAUUGAUUGCAAUUUCGAAGAGUUUGUUUGGAGGACAAGAGAAACUCAAAUAAUGGGUUAAAAGAUGGUUUUGA